GCCAGUAUAGGGCGGAAAGAGAGCCCUUAAAUUGAAAUUGAGAGAAUGCGAGAGACCGCACUGACCAGGACACGUCCUCUCCUCGCCCGGAGUUCCACGUGGACCCAGUCAUUGACCAAAACAGAUCCCGUGGGCCAGUUCGAAUACUUUCAAAAUACAUCCUUCCCCCCAUAUAUCGUCCACCUCUGCUGUUACGUCAGAUCAGUGAACACUUGAAGGAAAGGAAGAAAAUAAGGAUGUAUUGAAAUGAUUCGACCGAUGACUCGCUCUCGCCGCUGCGCAGUGCAAAUAUUACCGGGAGGGCUGAACGGUAGAAUCUCCCGCUAUGAAAUCACAACCUCAACUUGCAACACGACGUUAGCAUGCAUUUCUCUGUCUACUCGUCAAACGGGCCAUCAGGUAGGAUAUGGCAAUGUGCAUCGUUAGAGACUGGCGCUGACAUGUUGGUGACGGGUGUGCUUUUUCUGCUCCUACUCGCGCACCAGUGUGUUUCUGCGCCACAGGUGCCCGGGGACCGCAGAGUAGAGUCAGCAGGAGCCCCUCCCCCUCUCACACUGGCCAAUCCCUUUGGCUCUGGAGACGAGGAGCGCAGGCUGCUGCAGAGCUACAUCAAGGCCAACCUGAAGGAGGGACAGGGAGGACCAGAUAGCACCUGGGAACAAGAGGUGUUUUUCCUGUUCAGUCUCCAUGACUACGACCGCAGCGGUGACAUGGAUGGCCUGGAGAUGAUGAAGCUGCUCUCUGAAUACAAUUCCCACAAUGCACCUGGAGAACAGUCAGCUGAGCCGGUGGUGGACAUGGUAGAUUUUCUCCUGCAAACUCAGGAUCUAAACAUGGACGGUCUAAUAGCUCCCCCUGAGCUACUCUCUCCCCCCAAACUACAACAACCAGACUCCUACUCCCAGGGUGCACCUGAACAGGGAGGGCUUGUGGCCCAGGAGCAGGUAGAGGUCCAAGUGGAAGUCAAAGUUGAUGAGGAACCAAAACAAGAAAAGGCAGUGCAGAAAGAGGAGAGGAAUGUAGAGAAACAGCCCAAGGAAGAAGAGUCAAAGCCAGGAGUUGUGGGACAGGAAGUUAAGACCAAUGAACAUCCUAUACAGGCAGAGGAGACAGGACUGCAUAUCCCAGAGGCCCCUGCUGCUGAUCAUGAGCAAAAUAGGCCUGCUCCUGUUCAUCAGGGGCAGCCUGAAAUGUAAACACACACACAAUAACACGCAAACAGCACUCCAACACAACUACAAUGCUUCUGUCCAGACCGAGGGGGUCAGUCAAUAGCAGGAACCCUUUGACUGACAGCAGAGUUAGCAAAUCACAGCCCCUCAUCUACCUUGGGGGGAGGGGCUUGUUUCACAUUGAGGAAUUUGUCUUUGGUACAGAAGAAUUGUAAACAGAUGUCAGCCAUAUUGUUUAAGCUGCUGUUAUAUUUCAACACAUUGCACUUCCGAACAAGAUCAAGUGAGAAUAUAAUUCAGUAUUAAAUGUAUUUUGCCAAAAUAUACACCUUACACUGCUAAAUAGUACAGUUUGACCUUCAGUUUAUUGAUUUUGGGGUAAAUAGUUGCUUUAUCUGUUGAAGCUAUGAAAAUGAAGCCAUAUGUUGGAAUGGACAAUCUGAAAAGUUAGUGGACUGCAUGUAUGAACGGGUCAAACGCAAUGCCUUUAAAUGAUAUUUGGAGGAAAAGUAUUCCCCUCCAGUGCAAUAUUAAGAAACAUUGUUCACUCCCCCUCAUGGAUGCAAAAGGAGUGGUUUGGUGUAAGAAAUUCAGUGGAAAAAGCCAUGGAAUUGGGCGCUCUUGUCACAGCAGCUGUUGACUAGUUACUCCCGUUUUCCAGGUCAAAAACCCCAGGCCUUUUUCACUUGAGACCUAUAAACUAAGUGCCAUCUGGUGAUUUGCACAAAUUAUAUUUUUUUGCUUUGUUGCCUGCUCAGCCACAGUAAUACUAGAGCCCAAUUUAGUCUCACACUUCUAGAAGUGUGCACUUGUUCCUUUAAAAUCCAUGAGGGGAGUAAACAAAUAUACAGUUUGGGGAGAAGUGUAAUCUAACAAUGACUUAGGAACAUGGGAUGAAUAUUUGGUUUGCUGUAAAUUUCAUUAAUUGGAAGGUUUGUAUAUUUAUGACAAAAAUUAAAUAUAAGCCAACAUGACUGCCACAUUUGUAGUGUCUCAGUGGUCACUAGGUACGGAUUGCACCUUGUUUAAAAGGGGAAUGUCCACUCACUUUUUUGCUUCUACAUUUCCACUCAGGGAUUCCUAUGCCAAAACACUGGCCAAAUCCCAAUUGGGCCCCUAAGCACUUGGGAGAGCCAAGAGGAUUUGACAGCUGUAAGCAAUAUCGUCAUAUUCACCACAUUGCCAUCUAAGCUACCAGUAUGUGGAAGUUUCACCAUGUUGCUUACACUAUUAAAAAUCCUCAAGUGCUUAGGGGUCCAUACCUACGAAUGACAAUUCAGUCACCAGAUGGGUCAAAGUAAAACAAAGAAUGCAGAGGCACUCAUGUGUAGAACAUUAGGUGGCUGUUUAGAAAAACAAGUCCUGGGUGGUGAGAAGAAAAGGAUCCACUAAACAAGGACAUGACAGUUUGAGGCCAAGUCAAACAUGUUAACUUUGAUUUAUUUCAUCAUGUAACUCAAGCAUCUCAAAACACUUUUGAUCAGAGUUGGGAGAGAACCAUUAGAAGAAAAAGCAUUCGAAUCACAACCCAUCAGUACAAAAAGACUAAUCCGCAUUUCUCAAUGAUGACCCAAGUUAGAACACAAAAUGUGCACAACUGAUCACGUCGAAUGAAAAACCCUUUU